AGCAUCAACCUUCCAUUCAACUCAGGCUGUCUCCUAAUUGGCUAGAUAUUUUGUUGAUUUGAUGACAUCACCCUAUUUUGUGGUUGCCGUAUAUGCCGAAGCGAAUGGUGGGCGCAUGUGUGUUAUACCAUGCAACUGACAGAACACUCGAUCAUUGCACCAGGGAGAAUGGACGGAGCAGUGGCUUGGAUUCUGAUGGCAUCAGCUAUGGCAGCUGUCUUUGUUGUUGUGGAGAGCGAGGCGAGGACGUGUUACUUCGGUCCCCCACCGGAGCCUGAUCCUGAUCAUCCGGAUGACUGGAUGAAGCAAGUCAUGCGAGAGGUACGGGCGCGUUGCCCAGGACCGGGAAGGAGGCAACCUACCCCAGCUGCGACAGCUGAGUGUUUCGAGCCUCUUGGCAUGGAGGACAGGACAAUCCCUGAUGAUCACAUCACGGCGUCCAGCGUUUUGGUGCACAUCGACUAUCCUGGCUGUUGCAAACCCGAGAAGGGACGGCUGAACAGUGGCGGUUUAUGGAAACCAUCGAGCUCCGCCGAUUCCUGGAUCGAGGUGAAUCUGGCGAAAAUUACUGUGGUGUCUGGUGUCAUCACCAAAAGCCGGCCUCCUUCCAUUGGAUGGGUGACAGAGUACAAAGUUGCCUAUAAGAAGGAACCUGCAUCUGAAUAUGAACACGUAACAGAUGCAAACGGAAACGUAAAGGUGUUCAUGGGAAACACUGAUCACGACACCCCGGUCACUAACAUGUUUGGUGAGAGUGUGGUGGCUACGGUAGUGCGCAUUGAGCCUUCUGAAUGGCAUGUCCAGGUUCGUCUGCAACUGGAGUUGCUUGGGUGUCGCCGUGAUUAA